AUGAACAGCGCAGUUAAACCACAGGGAUUGAGAACGGCUAGAAAGCUCAGAAACCAUCGUCGCGUUCAGAGAUGGCACGACAAGACCUACAAGAAGGCACAUUUUGGAACUGCCUUGAAGGCUAACCCAUUCGGAGGUGCCUCCCACGCCUCUGGUAUCGUUGUUCAGCGUUUGGGUAUUGAGUCCAAGCAGCCAAACUCUGCCAUUCGUAAGUGUGUUAGAGUGCAGCUCAAGAAGAACGGUAAGAAGGUCACUGCCUUUGUUCCCAACGACGGUUGUCUCAACUACAUUCAGGAGAACGACAAGGUCUUGGUCGCUGGUUUCGGUCGUUCUGGCCAUGCCGUCGGAGAUAUUCCAGGUGUCAGAUUCAAGAUUGUCAAGGUCUCAUCUGUUGCUCUGCUUGCCAUCUAUCGUGGAAAGAAGGACAAGCCCAACGUGUAA